CUCGGUCCACCAUGUCCGCCCUUCCCUCCACCGACUCGAUGCAGGCGACGCUCGAUGCGCGCGACGCCAAGGUGCGCGAGAACUGGGUGCGCACCAUGCAGGCGCGCAUCGUGCGCGAGGAGCUGCAGAAGUGCCAGAAGGCAGAGGGCAUCAACCACUACCAGGUCUGCCACGGCCUUGCCGAGAAGUACCUCGAGCUGCUCAAGGAUGCCAAGGUCCAGGGCUACCGGGUGAUCGACGUCUAGGCUGCGUGAGGAAGGGAGGAAAGAGAGCGCGGCAAUACACACUCGCAAAACCAGAGCGCACAGCGAUCGGGCGAGCACAGCUGCGGUUUUUUCAGAGGAGCGGGCGAAGGAGAGCAUAGGAUAUGUACAGCAAAGGGCGGCAGCGCAGCGUACGCUCCGAGAGCAAGGGAAGAAGGCCAGUGACGGGCGG